AUGAAAAUUCCCCUCUGGGCCCUCGUGGCCUUGCCCUUCACCACCGCCCUCGUCUCCCCCUAUUACCAGAAUCCCCUCCCCGAAGAUGAUCAUAGUAUCACCAUCGCCGACGACAACAUAGACUCCGACCUAAUCAAUGGCAUCACCACCACCCUCGCAACAGCCCUCGACGACCUCACAACCGACAUCUGGCCCACCAUCGUGAACAACUUCCUCAACUACAACAACCCUAGUGAUUCACCCCAUCCCUACGCCCAGCAGCACGUCUCCGAACUCGCUCCGCCCUUCCGCCAUCCCACUCCACCCCCAUAUCUCCGCCACCCCGCAUCCAAUAAGACCCUCUACGACCUCAUCCUCUCCAACCCGGAUACUUCCAUUCUCGCUCACUUCAUCCGCAACGACCAUCACCUAACAACCCUCCUCAACAACACCUCGACCAACCUCACCUUCUUCGCUCCUACCAACAAAGCCUUUCGUAAACUCCACCAUCACCAUCACCAUGAACAUAAUACCAACAACAAUAAUAAAGAAACCCACGCCCGCAUCCACCACAUCCUCACCUACCACGCCGUGAAGGGCUCCUAUCCCAUCGACAAACUCGUCCAUUCUCCCACCAUCCCGACCUAUAUCCACACUGAACAUACUGAACAUACCCUCCCUCAACGCAUCACCGUCCGCCCAAUCCUAACCCGCGACCUAAUGCUCAACUUCCACAGCCGCAUCAUCUCCCUGGAUAAACACGCCUCCAAUGGAGUUCUCUACCACAUCGACUCGGUUCUCAUGCCUCCUCCUUCUACCCACACCGUACUUAUAACUCCCUCCUUUGUACAGAACUGGUCUGGAUAG